CUGUUGGGUGCGGGUUCAGAGCCUGAGUCCUACGAAUUGCAUUUGUGCGCGAAGGACUACUGUUUUGGGCGAACGGACCGCCUAAUCGGACUGACAGUACUACAGUUGCGUGAUCUCACUGCCAGUACCGAUACCCUUGGUUUGGGCACGAGUGGAGCGUGCGCUUGUUGGUGCGCGCUCGGUCGUCGACUGUAUUUGGACGACACAGGAUGGACUAUCCUCCGCAUCCUCUCCCAACGUCCCUCGGACGAGGUGGCGCGCGAGUUCGUCCGUCUCAAAUCCGAGUACCGCGGCGCCGACGAUUCGGCCACCACCUCCACUCCCUCCGCCACCGUUGGGUCGGCACCGUCCACGUUGAGGCGCAGCAAGUAA